AUGGACGGUCCUGACAAGAUACUCCUCCAAUCGGCGACAGAAAUCUCCGCUCCCGCUCCCGCUCCCGCUCCCGCUCGCGCGCCGAAGCCGUCCGCGAAUCCAUUGGUCCCAUUCCGAAACCAACCUGCCAAAAAAUCACAAAGCAACGCCAAAGCGUCGCCUGCCAAGUUGCGCAAAGACGCCGACGAUGCGCGCAAGACGACCGAAGCUGACUACGACCGCUUGGCCGAGAAAGAUGCGCUGAUUGAACAGCUCCGGGCAACCAUUGCGAAGGGCAAAGAAUACAACCACAAGGUGACGACCCAAGUCGUCGACUUGACACGUGAGAGAGAUGCGAUGGUACAAAAGGUCCAAGAGGCUGAGAGAGACCUGCCGUACCUCAAGGGCAUCAAAGAGCAAUACCACAAAGACAAACUCGAGUUCACCCAGGCGAAACAGGCAAGAAGAGACCGCGCCUUAGAGGUGACAGCUGCGAGCGACGAACUUAAAGUGGCCAACAAGCACAUCACCGAACUCAAGAGCCAGGUUGAAGCCAGCAAGAAGCAAACUGCAGACUACACCGAGCUUGUAGCCGCUAAGUCUACGAUCCAAGGAGAGAAAGAGAAGGUCAGCGAGCAACUUCAGCAAGCGCAGGAGACCAUCGAAGAGCUUCAGAAAGAGAGAGAUGGCUUUCAGCAAGAGAACGAAGCCUCCCAGGCGAUGCGCGACGCACAGGCAGAAUUCCAAGAGAUCUCCAACGAAGGGUCGGCACUCACACUACCAGAGAUACUCGACCGUGUGCGCAGUGACCACGCCUACCGCAUUGAGAAUCCCCUGAUGCGCCGCCGUCCUGUUCUCGACCGACCAAGCAACCGCCGCCUCGUCUCCGGCGCCUCACUGCAAGAUGAGCUCGACGACCUCGGCCACGACAGCAGCAUCGAAGAAGACGACGACGAGAAGCCCGACGAGACCGUCAAGCACCCGGCCUCCUCCAUGCGCCCCAUCUUGCGCCCCAUCUCCAUCAUGGAUAGAGUCAAGCGCCCCACCUCUACCAAGCGCCCUGCCGCCAGCAAGCCUCCUACUCCCGCCCCGCUCGGCUUCUCUAAGAUCGUCUCCGUCUCCACGAGCCCGGUGAAGCCUGCACCAGCUGCUGUGAUUGCGCCGCCAGAAGUGCAGAUCGUGAGAGAGGUCAGCACCAUCACGCGCACUCCCGCCUGGCUCCAGCCGCUCCUCCUCCUCGGCCUCGUGCUCUACGCCCUCGUACUAGCUGCUGUGAUCGGCGAACGGCGUCUCUGGACCGGAGCGAACGACCUCGCGCGUCAGCGUGUCGGCGGCUUUGUGUUGGGUGAGGUCAGCAACUGGCACCCGCUGGUUUCUCUAUUCUCCGGUCUCGACGGGGUGUUUGGGCAUGAGUACGGGCUUCUUGGGUGA